AGAGGGCUGCUGGAGCGCGGAGUUACGGAGUUUGGAGUUCAGGAGAAGGGGCUAACGGAUAACUUUGCUGAUGCCCAGGUGUCUGUAGUUGAUUGCCCUAAUUUGACUAAGGAGCCAUUUACCUUUCCCGUAAAAGGUAUCUGUGGGAAAACUAGAAUUGCAGAAGUAGGAGGUGUGCCUUACUUAUUGCCUCUUAUAAAUAAAAAAAAAGUUUAUGAUCUAAAUAAAAGCGCAGAAGAAAUCCAGCUUCCUGGAGCUCUUGUUCUUGGAGCAGGAGCAGGCCCAUUUCAGACUCUUGGAUUCAAUUCUGAGUUUAUGCCAGUUGUUCAAACAGAAAGUGAACACAAACCUCCUGUGAAUGGAAGUUACUUUGCUCCUGUUAACUCGGCAGAGGGAGGGUGCCUACUAGAGAAAUACAGUGAGAAAUAUCAUGAUUUGGGGUGUGCAUUACUGGCUAAUCUUUUUGCCAGUGAAGCCCAACCUGGAAAGGUCAUUGAGGUGAAAGCCAAAAGAAGAACUGGAAAACUUAAGUUUGUGACUUGCAUGAGACAGACUCUUGAAAAACAUUAUGGAGAUAAGCCUGUAGGAAUGGGAGGUACUUUCGUGAUUCAGAAGAGAAAAGUGAAGAUUCACAUUAUGCCGGCAGAAUUUUCUUCCUGCCCAUUGAACUCUGAUGAAGACUUGAAUAAAUGGUUACAUUUUUAUGAGAUGAAGCCUCCUUUGGUUUCAGUUUUUAUCUCCAGAGACCCAGGGUUUGAUCUGUGGUUGGAGCACACUCAUUGUCUCAGUCAUCAUGAAGAAGGUGGACACUACCAUUUUGACACCACCCCAGUUAUAGUGGAAUAUCUUGGAUACUUCUUACCUGCAGAGUUUCUCUAUUGCAUUGAUCAACCAACAGAGACCCAUUCAUUUGGGCGAGAUUAA